GGACGGGGCCCGGACGUGCAGCUUGGACCCCAGAUGGCCAAUUCCACGAACGGCCGGAACCCAGGUGGCCGAGGAGGAAACCCCCGCAAAGGGCGCAUUCUGGGCUUCAUUGAUGCUAUUCAGGAUGCAGUGGGGCCCCCAAAGCAAGCAGCUGCUGACCGCAGGACUGUGGAGAAGACUUGGAAGCUAAUGGACAAAGUGGUAAGACUGUGCCAAAAUCCUAAACUUCAGCUGAAGAACAGCCCACCCUACAUACUUGACAUUUUACCAGAUACUUAUCAACAUUUGCGACUUAUACUGAGCAAGUAUGAUGACAACCAGAAACUUGCACAACUCAGUGAGAAUGAAUAUUUUAAAAUUUACAUUGAUAGUCUCAUGAAAAAAUCAAAACGGGCUAUUAGACUCUUUAAGGAAGGAAAAGAACGGAUGUAUGAGGAACAGUCACAGGACAGGCGAAAUCUUACAAAGCUGUCCCUUAUCUUCAGCCAUAUGUUGGCAGAAAUCAAAGCUAUCUUUCCGAACGGCCAGUUCCAGGGUGACAACUUCCGUAUCACAAAAGCAGAUGCUGCAGAAUUUUGGAAGAAAUUUUUUGGAGACAAAACUAUAGUGCCAUGGAAAGUGUUCAGGCAGUGCCUUCAUGAGGUUCAUCAGAUAAGCUCUGGUUUGGAAGCAAUGGCUCUGAAGUCUACCAUUGACUUGACCUGCAAUGAUUACAUUUCAGUUUUUGAAUUUGAUAUCUUCACUAGACUAUUUCAGCCUUGGGGUUCAAUCUUAAGAAACUGGAACUUUUUAGCUGUGACGCAUCCUGGUUAUAUGGCAUUCCUAACCUAUGAUGAAGUCAAAGCAAGGUUACAGAAAUACAGCACUAAACCGGGGAGCUAUAUUUUCAGGCUGAGUUGCACUCGACUGGGACAGUGGGCCAUUGGAUAUGUAACUGGUGAUGGGAACAUUUUGCAGACUAUACCUCAUAAUAAGCCUUUAUUUCAAGCUCUAAUUGAUGGCAGCCGGGAAGGAUUCUAUCUGUACCCAGAUGGACGAAGUUAUAAUCCUGAUCUGACAGGAUUGUGUGAACCCAUGCCACAUGAUCAUAUAAAAGUUACACAGGAACAGUACGAAUUGUAUUGUGAAAUGGGAUCCACUUUCCAGCUUUGUAAAAUCUGUGCAGAAAAUGAUAAAGAUGUGAAGAUCGAGCCUUGUGGACAUCUCAUGUGCACUUCUUGUCUCACAGCAUGGCAGGAGUCUGAUGGGCAGGGCUGCCCUUUCUGCCGUUGUGAAAUCAAAGGAACUGAACCAAUAAUCGUGGAUCCUUUUGAUCCAAGGGAUGAAAACUCAAGGUGUUGCAGUAUUAUUGAUAGCUUUAGUAUGCCGAUGCUGGAUUUGGAUGAUGAGGAUGACAGAGAAGAAUCCUUAAUGAUGAAUCGCUUGGCUUCAGUGCGAAAGUGCAAUGAGAGACAGAAUUCACCUGUGACCUCCCCAGGAUCCUCUCCACUUGCACAGAGGAGAAAACCCCUUCCAGACCCUCUACAGAUCCCUCAUCUUAGUCUCCCACCAGUGCCUCCCCGUUUGGAUCUCAUUCAGAAAGGAGUAGUACGGUCCCCUUGUGCCAGCCCCACUGGUUCACCAAAGUCUUCUCCAUGUAUGGUGAGGAAACAGGAUAAACCUCUUCCGGCACCCCCGCCUCCCCUGCGAGAUCCUCCACCUCCUCCACCUGAAAGACCCCCUCCACUUCCACCAGACAACAGGAUAAGUAGACACUUCCAUCAUCCUGAAAGCGUGCCUUCCAGAGACCAGCCUAUGCCCCUUGAAGGGUGGUGUCCCAGAGACGUAUUUGGGACAAAUCAGUUAGGUGGUUGUCGAAUGGUAUGUGACAGUUCCCCAAAACCAGGACUCAUUGCAAGUUCAAACAUAAAUGGAAGGCACAGUCGCAUGAGUUCUGACCCUGGAUUUCUGAGAAAACACAGACGCCAUGAUCUGCCUGUUGAAGGAGCCAAGGUAUUCUCUAAUGGGCACCUGGGAAGUGAAGAAUAUGAUGUCCCUCCACGACUUUCACCUCCUCUUCCAGCUGUCUCCUUGCUCCCUAGUAUGAAGUGCCCCAUUUCUAUAUCAAAUUCCCUCUCUGAGAAAUCAAGGGAACAUGUAGCUGAUGAUGACGAGUACAAGAUUCCUUCAUCCCAUCCUGUAACCUUGUCACAACCACCUCAUUGUCAUAAUAUAAAGCCUCUUGCUCGGGUGUGUGAAAACGGUCCAUGCAUUGGUAUAAUGAAUGGAACACACAGUGCCGCUUCUGAGAUGAAGAAAUCAAAGCACCCAGAGCUAGGAGAAGUCUUUGAUGCGUCUGGUGUUCCAGUACCUCUGCCUCCUGCACGACCGCCUGCCAGAGACAACCCAAAACACAGCGCUUUGCUCAACAGGACGCCCUCUGAUUACGAUCUUCUGGUGCCACCUUUAGGCGAAGAUGCAUAUGACACCUCGCCACCCUCACUUCCUCCACCACCACCUCCUGCUCGUCAUAGCAUCGUUGAGCUUACAAAACCUGGUGGCUCAGGAAGCCGACCUCCUUCAGGACAUGAACUGUUCCUUCCUCCUUCAGAUCUCCAUUUUGAUCCAGUUACUGGUCCAGCUCCUUUGCCACCUGCUCGAAGACUAACAGGGGACAAUGUCAAAACUAAUAGAACAUCCCAAGACUAUGAUCAGCUUCCACCCUGUUCAGAUGGUUCACAAGCACCAGCCAGGCCCCCUAAACCACUUCCUCGCAGGACUGCACCAGAAAUACACCAUAGGAAAGCCGACACCUCCGUGGAAAAUGUGGACGCAAAAAUUGCAAAACUUAUGGGAGAGGGCUUUUCCUUCGAAGAAGUUAAACGGGCACUUGAGAUAGCCCAGAAUAAUGUUGACGUUGCUCGUAGUAUUUUAAGAGAAUUUGCCUGCUUUCCUCCGCCAGUCUCCCCACGUCUCAAUCUAUAGCAACAUGAAAGUCCUUGCAGCAGAUGAAUUCCAUGUAUGUGCUUGUGGAUCUGGGAGUGAGAAAAUGGAGAGAUGCAAUUCGAGAGGCAUUUUCUUCUCCUGUCAUCAUUAGCAAGCAGUCUGCUUGCAGCAGUUUAUCAAAUGAAGAUGACUGCUCUAAUCAAGACUUACAAAUGGGCUGAAGCUUACGUAUUUUUGCUAGCCAUACUUUUUAAAUCAGGGUUGAACUGACAAAGUAAUUUAAAGAAGUUUACUUCCCUUGAACUUUCAAUCUGUGAAAUGCUUUUUCUUGUUUACAAGUGGGCAAGUUAAAAGUUUUCUAGUUGACUCCUGUACUGUGUUCCUGUUCAGAGUCAGUUCUGCUGUAGCAUUCCCAACAAUUUCCAUGUUGACUGCCCUAACAAUUAAAUCAUCUUUUUUCCAGAAGCUCCACAUUUCCAUGUCUACUUUUACAAGAUGCUUUAAAGAUUUUUUGCAUUUCAGCUUAUCAAACAAAUGCAAAAAAAUACGUGGCCUUCACUACUGAGUUUUUUCUGAGAUUCCUUUGCUUUUGAGAGAGGAAAAAAUCUGAAUGUAUAAUGCAUUAUUUUGUCUUUGAACUGCCUUCUUAAAGGUAUUUUGACAGUGAGAUUGGGCAGCUUUUCUUCUUAACAUGGUUUUGUGACCUGAAUUUAAAACACACAGGUCUUUAUCCACAUAGUUUCUGCAGUUGAAUAAAAAAAUCCCAUGUCAGUCAUGUUACUAAAUCAUGACACUUGACAACUCUUUAAAACUUAAGGAGUAUUAAGAAUUCAGAUGUUUAAAAACAAACCAAAUGCAUAUGUUCAUGUUGUACUUACGUUGGAUACUGAGGGCAGCCCACUAGUUAUAGUUUAAGUAUUCUCAGGCAUGCUGAAUAAUAGGGAAUCUUGUUACAUAAUCUUCAUGAUGUUCAGGAAAAUUACAGUCCUGCAAAAUGGAAUAAAGUUAACUUCCUAUUUGAGUGAUUA